AUGGAACCGACGGGCGACCUUUCUGCUCCACAAGGCUUUUUUCCUGUCUCCAAUGUUCAGGACUCUCCUGAUUUGGCUCAGCCUGACAAGUCGGUGGAUUCUCUUAAGUCCGCUAAGAAGGUCAAGUUGGCCAAGCUCAAAGAACCCAAGGACCAUCUUGCUCUUCUCCCAUCUAGUGGCCAUCGCUAUGUGACAGAGUCGGGCAAACUGAUCCAUGAUGAUCGCUACGCUAUGCCCCUGACUGUCGAAGACGAGCCAAAGCAGCCACGUCAGAAGCCUCUCAAGCCUAGUGCCAAGCCCAAGCCGCGCUCAUGCGACCAGCUCGAGACGGAGGAUGCUUUUCACAACAAACCUAUGAUUAAACUCCCAGUACCCGACCACAUUCAAGCGAUGCUGGUGGAUGAUUGGGAAAACAUCACCAAGAAUAACCAGCUUGUCCCUCUUCCUCACAAUAAGCCAGUCGCCAAGAUAUUUGAAGACUAUCUUGCUCAUGAGCGUCCAUACCGCGAGGAGGGAUCUUCCAGUAUGGACAUCUUGGAAGAAGUCAUCGCAGGCUUCCGCGAGUACUUCGAGAAGGCUCUUAGCAGAAUCUUACUGUACCGUUUCGAGCGCCAUCAGUACAUGGAGCUCAAGAAGCUCUGGGAGAACACUGAGGCGAACCCAGAAAUCACCAAUGUCUGCGAUGUCUAUGGCGCUGAGCAUCUUGCUCGACUAAUCGUCUCUCUCCCCGAACUAUUGGCGCAGACCAACAUGGACCAGCAGUCCGUGUCCCGUCUUCGAGAGGAGAUAGGAAAGUUCAAUGUCUGGCUAGGACGUAACUGCGAGACAUAUUUUGUCAAUGAGUACGAAACUCCCAGCCAGGAGUAUAUUGACAAAGCUCGUAGCUUCUGA